AUGGAGGAGAUUAAUGUGCAACAAUCUAGGGCUCCAAAGUGGAUCUUUGUAUUGAAUUUAGCUAUACAAAACAGACUCCUUACAAGAAGCAGACUUCACGCAUGGGGGAUUGCAGAAGAAGUAAAUUGUCCUUUGUGCAAUGAAGCAGAAGAGACUAUAGAUCAUCUGUUGUUUAAGUGUCGAAUUGCUGGAGGUAUAUGGAGCAAGUUGCUACAGUGGCAGGGAAUAACAAGAACACCGAUGGAAUGGAAAAGGGAGAUACAAUGGGCUGAAGGCAAAGCAACUGGAAACAAUGCACAUGCUCAAGUUUAUAGACUGACUUUGGCGUGUGCAGUGUAUUACAUAUGGAAUGAAAGGAACAGAAGAGUAUUUCAAGAACAGCAGAAAAUAGUGGAAGUGAUAGUGAGGCAAAUUGCACAAGAAGUAGCAAUUAGAGGAUCGAAGAACAGCAAGACAGAGAAGAGAAUAGCAGAAAUAGAUUACUAUCUGUAG